GACGACAGAACAGAGAAGGAGAGCCACUAGGAAAAAAUAUAAAGAGACCCAGAAGAAGUGAGACAAACUUCCUACCAAAUUUUCCACAUGGUGAAGACAGGUCAACACUUGAAAGCUCUCGACAGAUCCUGGUAAAUGAGAUGAAGAAAAGAUCACCAAAUGCAAACUAUGUGAAUCGCCUGAUGAGCCAGACCUUCUCGUUGAGACGUAAAGAAAUUGUGGAAGAGCAGCCAUCUGUAAAGCAGAUGUUGGAACGCUGGCCAGCUCUUUUCAGGAAACAACAGGUUUUGGCAGAGUUCACCAGAGUGGCAAGUAGGGAUCUUGAGCAGGACUUUAUUCAGUCCUUGGACCGCCACACCCCACGUUUGCUGGAGAUAUUCAAGUCAAAAAAGGGAGUCAUUGGCAACACACUUUCCGAGAUCCUUGUCCAGGUUGAAAGAAGGACCAGUGAUGUUGUUGCCACAAGGACUGCUGUCCUGCGAUGUCUGUCAGUUUUUCUCGGGGAUGACGGAAGAGAAUUCUACAAUAUCUCUUUUGAUUCAGAUGCCAUGGCAGACUUCACCCAGGUUCCUGUGGGGUUACUGACUGUCAUUCCUGAGGUCAGUCAGCAACCAGGUCCAAAUGCUCUACACCUUGAACCAUCCAGCAUUGGUAUCAUUCUGGAAGGUACAAUUGUCAUGGAUGACAUCAAAAGCCACGAUCAAGCUAUUUGCCUUAUAUUUGGACUGAUCUAUGCCCUUCACCUUGACUAUCCAAAAUGCCUGAAAAACACCUUUGAAUUCAUCCAGAGGGUGAUGCUUAGUCUGGGUGUAGGUAACCUCAGGCCAAAACUACAGAGCUUGAAAAAUGCUCUUCUGCAGUAG